GCAAAGGCUGUUUGAGGCGUAGACAACAUGGCGGCGGAGGAGGCGGAUGUGGACAUAGAGGGAGAUGCGACUGAGUCGUGCAGGGGAACCUACGAAACUCUGGGCUCGCCGUUCACCCCCGAUCACUAUGUGGAACCCGUGUGGAAACGAGACGACCUACUGACUCCGUGGACCCUGGACAGCUCGAUCAGUGAUGAGAACCGCGCCGCCAUCGAGAGAAUGCUGCUGGAGGAGGAAUACUAUUUCUCUAACAAGCCGCCCGCAGGCAAGGUCUGGUCGGAAGCUAAAGAUGGCGACAAGCCCGGCAUCAAAAGGAGUCCACAAAAGAAAGUGGCGCGGGCCCCGGUCAGAUCGCCGUCUAAGCCCGGCAGCAGCGCCGUGAAGUGGAGCGCGGAGGAGAAGGCUCUGUUUGAGCAGGGACUGGCCAAGUAUGGCAGACGUUGGACGAGUAUCGCAAGGCUGAUCGGGAGCCGCACGGUGCUGCAAGUGAAGAGCUACGCCAGGCAGUAUUAUAAGAAUAAGUGUAAAGCGGAAGAUGGAAAGAACGAUUCCAAGGUGGAUUCUGCGGUUCUUCAUCUGCUCCGUCUAGAGGAUGCCGCUGGAGAUGAGCUGUCCGCACUCCGAGGCCGCGCCGAUCCCAACCUCAACGCAGUGAAGAUCGAGACGUUAUCAGACGACGAAGAGAUUGACAUAACUGAUGAGGUGAAGGAGGAGCCUGCCGAUAAUGGAGACCACCCGCUAAUGACUCUGGCGGAGGAGGUGGGGCCUACAGUCAGUGAACAAGGAGAGGAGGCAAUUACGGAUCACAUGUGUCAGCUGAUGGACGGUGGACGCUCUCCCCCUGCUCUCAGCGACACUCCAGCCCCCAGUCCUCAAAUGCAGGCGGCGAGUCCUGCCCCUCCACACAACCAGGAGCAGGACGACUGUCCGUCCUCAUUACCGUCCCCUCCACCCUGUGAGCAGGAACAGCUGGAGGAAGUAGAUGAGCUGAAACCUCCCGAGCAGGAAGUGGAAAUAGAGCAAGACUUUAUUUCUGAGGAAGAGAAGCAGGCCAUCUCAGAAUUUUUCGAGGGCCGGUCAGCGAAGACUCCAGAGCGUUAUCUCCGGAUUCGCAAUUACAUUCUGGAUCAAUGGAAGAUUUGUAAACCAAACUAUCUAAACAAAACGUCCGUGCGUCCGGGGCUGAGGAACUGCGGAGACGUGAACUGCAUCGGUCGCAUCCACACUUACCUGGAAUUAAUUGGUGCCAUCAACUUUGGCUGCGAGCAAGCCGUCUACAACCGUCCACGACCGGUGGACAAAACCAAGUCUAAGAUGGGGAAGGACACCUUGGAAGCCUACGAGUUGGCUCACCGCCUGCACUCUAUGCGCACCAGAAGAAGACGUGUCCGAGACCCCCGGGGAAACUGGUGUGAUGCCAGAGAUCUGGAAGGACAGACCUUUGAGCAUCUCUCGGCAGCAGAGGUAGCGAUCAGACGGGAGAAGAUGAAACAGUCAAAGUGUUCCAAAGGAUCGAGAUCGUCCAAGAGCUCCUUUGACCCCUUCCAGCUGAUUCCCUGCUCCGACUUUACAGAAGAGAAGCCGGCCCCGUUUCGAGUGAGGGUGUCAGCGGAAGCCAUGUUGAUAUUGGAUUUGCACGCUCACGUAUCCAUGGCGGAGGUUAUCGGCUUAUUGGGUGGAAGCUAUUCAGAGGAUGACGGUAUUAUAGAAAUCUGCGCCGCGGAGCCGUGUAACAGCCUCAGCACCGGACUUCAGUGUGAGAUGGAUCCGGUCUCCCAGACCCAGGCAUCGGAGGCCCUGCACCUGCGCGGCUACAGCGUCAUUGGAUGGUACCACUCUCACCCAGCGUUCGACCCCAACCCUUCAAUCCGAGAUAUCGAUACUCAGGCCAAAUACCAGAGUUAUUUUUCUCGGGGAGGAGCGAAGUUUUUGGGGAUGAUCAUCAGCCCGUAUAAUCGCAGUAACCCCCUGCCCCAGUCCCAGCUCUCCUGCCUGGUGAUAAGUGACGAUCCCAGUGACGAUGGAUCACACAGGAUACCGUACCGGUUUGAUGUACAACACUUGCCCGGAGAACCUGACUGGGAACUUGUGUUUGAGAAGACGAGAUGGAUCAUUGAGAAGUAUCGGCAUUCCCACAACAGCGUCCCCAUGACCCGGCGCUUUCGACAAGACAGUGAUCUAACGUGUUUACAGAAGCUCCUGACGUGUUUGAGGAGGACGCUGGUGAGUCGGCCUGCGCGUGUUCGCGACGAGUUCCUGAGCAGGAUCGAGGACUAUUUCCUAAACAGCUAUACAAAUGUGAAGGAGGAGCAGGAGCCGGGGGGAGGUGCUGCCGGCAGAGAGCGAGGCUGCUGUCUGAUGGACAUGUCCCGUCCUUGUAUUAACCCUUUAAGGACAGUUCAUCUUUAGCCACUGACUGUAGACUGGGGCCCUUUCACUUCACUUGUUGUGGGGGUCCCCGGCCGGCAGAUCUAACCAUGCAGGAACACAAUGCUCAUUUCCCAUGUGCCCACUGAUCCCAUGGGAGGGUCGGU